GUGGAAGACAGCCCAGGAGCGCCCGCAAAAGCUAAGGGCUGCCCGCGACGUUGCGCCGCCGUCGGAGCGACUCAUGCCUUGAAUUCUGCGCCCCGAAACCGGCUGCCGAACGCCGGCGCUGACAGCACCAGUCAUGGCAGCCCCGCCGCCCGCGCCCGCGCCCGGAGCGCGCGCCGAAGAUGGCGAGGAAGAGCGACGCUACGUCAUCAGCGACACGCCGGGCGGCCGGCCUCGGACGCGACGCGAGAGCUCGGUUUUGAGUUCGAAGCCGUUCCGCGAUAGAGUAUUGGACUCCAUGUUCUUGCUAGGGAAGGGCGACCGGGAGACCGUACGACUCUUGAUGCGGGGCAUGCCCGUGCCCGUGACCUACGGGUUUCCGAACACGAGUGGAGGGUGGUGCGGGAAUUUCUCAGGGUUCGUGCGGAAUUUCCACCCUCUGCUGAGCGUCUGGAUGGUGCACCCCCUCUGCCCCUUUUCUGGACGGGAGAGAUUUGUGGUCUUCAUCUGCUCGGUAGCGUUCAACUUCCUCUGGACGGCUUGUACCACAUACAAUGCAAGACGAGUAGAGAGAAACGUCUCGGACGUCCUCAAGUGCAAGGGCGUGUGCUUCUGGUGGUUCUAUUUUAUUUCCAAACAUACGGUGACCGUGAUUUAUGCUGUCUUAAUCAGGCAGUUGGUGAUCUGCCCGUGCCUGUACGAACCAGUGAUAAGAAUGGCGUGCGGCGACCAUACGCAUGGCUGGCGCCAGGAGUCGACGAAGGAUUUGUUGUCGAGGGCUCGGAAGUUGCGACGGUGGAAGGUCCGGGGCGACCGCGUCAUUUUAGCUUUAUUGGUCACUCAUCUGGUCGUCAUCGUGCUCAUGAUCAUAAUCAUAACCACAGAAAACUGGCGGCACCUCGACGAGUAUUCUUCAUUAGAUGAGAUUUUUCUGAAUCGCAUUUUUGGGAGUGAAGUGGUCAAUUUCUUCAUCUGGUUCCCGAAGUUCCUGCCGCUGUUUUUAUUUUUGUUCCCGAUCCAUCGGGCGAUGUGGUUCCAGGGCGGGAAGGAAUGUGAUUAUCUCAAAUGUAAAAAAUCAAUCUUCUCCUACACGCGGUCCUAUAAUUAUCUAGAUGCGGACUUCCCGCGCUGCGUCCGGCCGGAGACGUCCGCGCUGCCGCGGAACCUGCCCUACCUGUCGCCGACGACGGGUUUAUCGAAUUUUCGGCGGGGCGCGACCUUCGUCCUGGACAUGACGUCGUCCGUGCGCGACAGGACGCGGCGCGUGUUCUCGCCGCGGUCGGCUCCAGCACCGGCGCCGGCGACGGAUAAUUCGCGCCAUAGCGAGGAUGCCGACGGCCAGCUGCCCACCGUUCCGGAAAACACGGCGACUCCUUAGCCUUAAUUAGUAAGUUCAC